UCUUUAUUUCGAUUUCUCAUGUUUAGCUGCUUUCAAGUUAGUGCCAAAGAAGAGAUGACAUCUUUGUUCGUUGCUGGGCAGGGAAAAUUGCCAAACGGACAGGAAAUAGCAGUAAAAAGGCUUUCUGCGAACUCUGGACAGGGAGCAACAGAAUUCAAGAAUGAGGUGCUCCUGGCUGCAAAGCUCCAGCACAGGAACCUGGUUAGGAUUCUCGGAUGCUGUUUGGAAAGGCAAGAAAAGAUGCUUAUAUAUGAGUAUGUGCCCAAUAGCAGCCUCGACAAAUUUCUCUUUGAUCCAAUAAAACGUGAGCUGCUGGAUUGGCGGACAAGCAUGAACAUCAUCACGGGAAUAGCAAGAGGCCUUCUCUACCUUCAUGAGGAAUCUCAAACUAAGGUUAUACACAGGGACUUGAAACCCAGCAACAUCUUACUGGAUGAAAGGAUGAGUCCCAAGAUCGCAGACUUUGGCAUGGCAAGGAUUUUUGGGUUGGAUCAAACUGAAAGUAAUACUAGCAGGAUUGCUGGGACAUAUGGGUACAUGUCACCAGAGUAUGCAUUAUAUGGUGUAAUCUCUGAGAAGUCAGACGUUUACAGCUUCGGAAUCAUUGUCUUGGAAAUUUUGAGUGGGAAGAAAACUACUUUCAAUCAAUCAGAUACUACCGAAGACCUUCUUGGCCAGAGCUGGAAACUUUGGAGAGACAACAGAGCACUGGAGUUGGUAAACUUCAAGUUGGCCACAUCAAGCGAAAGAAAUGAAGCAUUGAGGUGCAUUCAUGUUGGCCUGCUAUGCGUUCAGGAAGAUCCAGCAGCAAGACCAACAAUGUCCUUAAUCCUUCACAUGCUUAAUAAUGUCAACAUGACAUUUCCCCUGCCUUCUCCUCCAGCACUGUUUGGACAAAGCAGCUACGCGUCAAGCAUUACAGCAACCAGAUAGCACAAAGAGUUGGUCAACACCACGGACAAAAAAAUGAGGUUGUGGUCAAUGGGUUUUGAAGUUUCAACCUCAUCGAGCAUGAUGACUGGCUUGAUGUCAGGGGUGCAUCGCAGUGAAAUGGUUUAUUUUCAAAUGAAAA